CGCCGGGAGCAGCGGGAGCGGGAGGGCCGCCAGCCCGCCGGGGCCGGGGCCGGGGCAGGCGGGGUCGGCGGUAUGUGAUGUGAGCGGCGGCCGCGGCCGGGAGCGCGGCGAUGGGGCAGCAGGUGGGCCGCGUCGGGGAACCGGGCGCCGGGCUCCAGCACCAGCCGCCGCCGCCGCAGCAGCAGCAGCGACCGCGGGGGAGCAGCGCGGCCAGGCCGGCGGGCCGCCGGCGGGAGGCGGCCGGCCGCACCGCCGAGGGAGGCUUCAAUAUCUUCACCCAGCACGAGGCCCUGCACCGCCCCUACGGUUGCGAUGUUGAACCCCAGGCACUGAACGAAGCCAUCAGAUGGAGCUCCAAGGAGAACCUGCUUGGAGCCACUGAGAGCGAUCCCAAUCUCUUUGUUGCACUUUACGAUUUUGUAGCAAGCGGUGACAACACGCUCAGCAUCACCAAAGGUGAGAAGUUGCGAGUCCUGGGUUACAACCAGAAUGGAGAAUGGAGCGAGGUACGUUCGAAGAAUGGGCAGGGCUGGGUACCAAGCAACUACAUCACACCAGUGAACAGCCUGGAAAAGCAUUCAUGGUACCACGGGCCAGUGUCACGCAGUGCAGCAGAGUAUCUGUUGAGCAGUCUCAUCAAUGGCAGCUUCCUGGUUCGUGAAAGCGAGAGCAGCCCGGGGCAGCUAUCCAUCUCGCUCAGGUACGAAGGACGUGUUUACCACUACAGGAUCAAUACCACCUCAGAUGGAAAGGUAUACGUGACAGCAGAAAGCCGUUUCAGCACGCUAGCAGAGCUAGUGCACCAUCACUCGACAGUAGCAGAUGGACUGGUGACAACUUUGCAUUACCCAGCACCCAAGUGCAAUAAGCCCACUGUCUAUGGAGUGUCCCCCAUCCACGACAAGUGGGAGAUGGAGCGGACUGACAUCACCAUGAAGCACAAACUUGGGGGAGGGCAGUAUGGCGAAGUGUACGUUGGUGUCUGGAAGAAAUACAAUCUCACAGUUGCUGUGAAAACAUUAAAGGAAGACACCAUGGAGGUGGAAGAGUUCUUGAAAGAAGCUGCUGUGAUGAAGGAGAUCAAGCACCCCAAUCUAGUGCAGUUGUUAGGUGUAUGUACCCUGGAGCCACCCUUUUACAUUGUGACAGAAUACAUGCCUUAUGGGAACCUGCUAGACUAUUUACGGGAAUGCAACCGGGAGGAAGUGAGCGCCGUUGUGCUACUCUACAUGGCCACUCAGAUCUCCUCUGCUAUGGAGUACCUGGAGAAGAAGAACUUCAUUCACAGGGACUUGGCAGCACGGAACUGCUUAGUUGGAGAAAAUCAUGUGGUGAAGGUGGCUGACUUUGGCUUAAGUCGACUUAUGACUGGAGAUACCUACACAGCUCAUGCUGGAGCCAAGUUCCCAAUCAAAUGGACAGCUCCUGAGAGCCUGGCCUAUAACACCUUUUCAAUCAAAUCAGAUGUGUGGGCCUUUGGGGUGCUGUUAUGGGAAAUUGCUACCUAUGGGAUGUCACCAUACCCAGGCAUUGACCUCUCUCAGGUGUACGAUCUGCUGGAAAAGGGCUAUCGGAUGGAACAACCCGAGGGGUGCCCUCCAAAGGUUUACGAACUGAUGAGGGCAUGCUGGAAGUGGAACCCACCAGACCGACCUUCCUUUGCUGAGACCCACCAGGCUUUUGAAACCAUGUUCCAUGACUCCAGCAUCUCAGAGGAGGUAGCAGAGGAACUUGGAAGAACAGCCUCCUCCUCAUCCGUAGUUCCUUACUUGCCCCGGUUACCCAUGCUUCCCUCCAAGACUAGAACACUGAAGAAACAAGCAGAGAACAAGGAGAACAUUGAAGGCACACAAGACACUGUGGAGCGCACGGCUUCCAGCUCAGCACCAGGUUUUAUCAGAAGCACACAGCCAACAAGCGGGUCUCCCGCGCUGCCUCGCAAGCAGAGGGACAAGUCACCCAGCAGCCUGUUGGAGGAUGCCAAAGAGACCACUUUCACCAGGGACAGAAAAGGGGGCUUCUUCAGCUCCUUUAUGAAGAAGAGGAAUGCUCCCACACCUCCCAAGCGCAGCAGUUCCUUCCGGGAGAUGGAGAAUCAGCCCCAUAAGAAAUACGAGCUGACGGGUAACUUUUCAUCUGUUGCUUCCUUGCAGCAUGUGGACGGGUUCUCUUUUGCUCCCACGCAGCAGGACGCCAGCCUGGCGCCACCCAAGUGCUAUGGUGGGGGCUUUGUGCAGAGGACCUUCUACAACGAUGAUGGCACUGGUACCAGCAGUGGUGGGGGUGUAAGCACCGGUGGCGGGUGGUCGGGCAUCACUGGUUUCUUUACACCACGCUUGAUUAAAAAGACACUGGGUUUACGAGCAGGAAAACCCACUGGCAAUGAAGAAGCUUCAAAGCCUUUUCCAAGGUCAAACUCUACAUCUUCCAUGUCCUCAGGGCUUCCAGAGCAGGAUAGGAUGGCAAUGACCCUUCCCAGAAAUUCCCAGAGGUCAAAAAUCCAGCUGGAACGGACAGUGUCCACCUCCUCUCAGCCCGAUGAGAGCACGGGGAGGGCCAAUGACCUGCUUCCCAAAAGGUUUGAAGAAGGCCCUGCUUUGACCAGAGAGAGACCAAAAGCAAAACUCUUGCCAAGGGGUGCCACAGCACUCCCUUUCCGAACCCCCUCCAGCUUGGAAGAAAAGGAAGGUCCAGGGCUAGCAGCAGCUCCUAAGGGCAAAGAAAAAAACAGUGGCCCACGGCAAGGGGCCCUUGAGGAUGGCGAGAGACCGGGGUGGUCAUCUCCAGUAAAGGCUGCAGCAAUACUUCCAACCACUCAUAACCACAAAGUGCCAGUUCUAAUCUCACCCACGCUAAAACACACCCCAGCAGACGUGCAGCUCAUUGGCACAGACUCUCAGGGUAAUAAAUUUAAGCUCUUAUCUGAGCAUCAGGUCACUUCUUCCGGCGACAGGGACCGGCCCAGACGGGUAAAACCAAAGUGUGCUCCACCUCCACCACCAGUGGUGAGGCUCCAACAGCAGCCAGCUGCCUGCUCGGACGGAGCAGAAGAGCUGAGCAACGUGGCGGGAGCGCAGCACGGACUGGAAUCAAGCGAAGGGAGUAAGAAGGCAGCAGCAGCAGCAGCACCUGUUGGUGGAAAAUCUGGGAGGCCCAUGGUGCCUCCGCCUCAAGUGCCUCUGUCAUCGUCUUCCACCUCCCCAGUGAAAAUGGCCAACGGCACGGCCGGCGCCAAAGUAGCGCUUCGAAAGACCAAACAGGCAGCCGAGAAAAUCUCCGCGGACAAAAUCAGCAAGGAAGCACUGCUGGAGUGCGCAGACCUUCUCUCGAGUGCCAUCGCCGAGCCGACACCGAACAGCCAGCUGGUGGACACCGGGCACCAGCUGUUGGAUUACUGCUCAGGCUACGUGGACUGCAUCCCGCAUACGCGCAACAAAUUCGCCUUCCGGGAAGCCGUGAGCAAACUGGAACUCAGCCUGCAGGAACUGCAGGUGUCCUCGACAGCUGCUAGCGUCCCCGGGGCAAACCCCGUCCUUAAUAACUUAUUGUCAUGUGUCCAAGAAAUCAGCGAUGUGGUGCAAAGGUAGCUACUGUCAAUCUGGGUAAGAGAAACACACCCGGGGAGGGCGGGGAGGGGCUUUUUUUUUCUGUACUGAUGCUUUCAAAAGGAAAGACUGAUACUUGAGUAUGUGAAGUACCUCAGAUCACUGAGUUCUCCUCACGUUUACAGGUUCAUCUCAAAAAAAUGGGGAUGGAGAGGGUAGAUUAAAUCUGUAAGGGGCAGAACAUCAAGUAUUUGCCCCUCCCUGGUCAGGCUGAUCUGCUUGGGGCAGGCAGUUCCUCGCUCCUCCCUCGGAGAGGCAGGAGAAUCGAUGGCAGGUCCCCGCUUUGGGAAGGAUGGUUUGACACAUGCUGGCUGGAGUCCUGGAGCGGCUGCAGGCCGCUCGGCCGUGCGGAUCCUCCCCUGCCUGCACUAACGGGUGCCUUGGUCUCCCGACGAGGCAAAGGCACCGGGGCUCCGUUGGUACCAACCGCCGAGCAGUCCGAGCUGGAGGAGCUCUGAAGGGGGGAGGUUGCGUGCGGCCGGGGGGCAAGGUCUGAUGCACUGACAGUAUUCAGAGCUGCUGGAGGCGGGAUGCACUUGCCGAGAUGGCUUACUGCCACAGCGCCGCUGCUGCUGUAACGAGAACUGCAAAACGAGUUAAUACGUGAAACCAUCCCUCUUCCCUCCCGUCCACCUCAUCCACCACGUGUUCUCAUCUUCAUUGUAUCCAAAGCGUCAGGGAUGCUGGGCAGACUUACCACUGGAAUACCCCCUUCCCCGCCACGCAGCCUUCUCUCAGUUGAUUUCUAGUGGUCUAGCACGGGUGCUGCUUGACGGUCAUUUGUGAGUAGUUUGGGGCUCUUGCACAACUUGCCAGUGUUGUUAGUGGGGGGUGUGUGUGUGUGGGUUUGGUUUUUUAUUUUUUUUUUUUUUAAAAAGCUCCAGAUCGUUUAUUAACUUGUUACCAGGUUGACUCCCCAGUUCAGUGGCAUCACCCUGAGGACCCACGGUAGGUAAGGCAGAGCUUCCGCCACCCCUGGCUGUUCUCCACCGUGCCCUGAGAGAAUCAGGGGCCGGCUGGAGAGCCAAAAUCAGAGCCUGGCCUGCCCGCCGUGCGCCCGCGCUGCUGCGGGGCCCCCCUGGACCCGUCCCUGCUCUCGGUGUAACACCAACACUUCACACUGUCAGACUCCUGGGAUUUUUUUCUAGCGCUUACCGGUCUCGCAGGCUUUCCAGCGAAGGCGAUGAGGUAUGUCAGCACACAGGGGAACCACAACCAUUUGUCUUUGUUCCUCCGUUUUAAAAGGCUAGACCAGAAUCUCACGCAGUGGCGCAGGGAACGUGCACAUAAACCGCACGCUCCUCUUGAGACGUGACAGCAAGUGUCACGGCUCUGCCUCGGAGAGCUGCCCCCGGGUUAUGGUCUCUUGUGCCCACUGACAGUCCCAAAGGAACGCGGUCCUGUGGUUGGAGUUGCCUUCCGUGGUCCUUGUGCUGUCUGUAGACUGUUGUGGCCUCAGAAAGCCGGUCUCCUGCCUAUACGCACAACCCCCCGAGGUGUAAAUGUACUGGCAGGUAGGAAGACCUCAACUAACUGCUGGUUUGUGAGAGGAAGAAAACAGGCCUAAUGCCCAGCCCCAAAUCCACGUUACCCUGCAUGCUGCUGCUCACUUCACACUGUUGGUGAUGAUAGAAGAUCUCGCUUGCUUUGCACCUUAAAUCUUUUAUUUUUGGCUAAAAUGCUUUUUUAUCUUGUUUUUAAAGUGUGACUGUGCUGCUUUUAGUUCGAGCAUUUAGAGUGGAGCUGGGGCACAGGUGUGAAUUUAGAAGAUGGGCGCUUCCAUUUCUGUCUAGAAGCAUGGCCCUGGUGGUGCUUGGAAGUAGGCAGGGCUGCCUGUUUUUUUCCAUGGAGGAUAGUGAGGCAGGGGCCUGAAAAAUCUUUAGAAAUGGGCUGGUGCCUGAGAAUCCUCAUUUUAUUACUGGUCUGUGGUAAACGAAGUUGUGUCACGAUGCACGAAUGCGCACGGGUGGAGCAGUACGCGAGGUAAAACGGACCAUCUCAGCUUCACUGUUUAUGUAAGAGAAAUGGGGAGGGGGUGGGGAAAGCAACCCUUCCACCCCAACCAACAGGCAUUAAAGUGAACUCAUUGUUCCUACGAGUCAGUUUUGCUCUGGUGAGCUGUGAGCUGGUACCUCUGUGGAGACAAAUGAAAGUACAGCAUGGGUUAUUCAUCCUGACUUAGCCGUACCGAGCCUACCCACCAACUCCUGCCGUAGGAUCUUCACUUUUCAGCCAGCCCAGGCUCUCCUGCAGCCCACGCCGGGGCUCGGGCACAGCCACGCUCAGCAGAGACCCAACCCCUUAUCUCGUAGACUUUACCGAGGGCUUUUGUGGUUUACCUUAUCUCUUUCCGUCAUCUUUACUGAAGGUGUGCGUGGCUGCACACCAAGCAAACUGCCUUUGGAGAGGUGACCUGCAAAGGGAAGAAGGCUUGUGGUAUUGCUUCACGUGGCCUUUCAAACAAUCAAAAGGAUUUAAAAGGCAUGGGAGCUUUCUUCAGGGCAGAAGGGCAGGUUGUGUUUGCCCUGGCAGACAAUCGUGUGGUUUCAUCAUUGUACUACUGCUCAGCCUAGGAUAAACAGACUGAAACCGAAGUGAUUCUCAGGGGAAAGGUAUUUUAACCAGAAAAUUUUAAGGCUGUUAGUCCAGUUCUGAUGAGUGUUUUGAACGUAAGCCUUUUUGUUUGUUUUUUGUUUUUUUUUUUUUUUUCCUGAAUGCCAGUCUUCCAGAAAAGCUCCAGCAAAAGUGACAGAAUAGCAAACAAUUCCGAGCAUUUCUAACUACUAAAACUCCCCGACUUCCAGCCCUUUCUGAAGAAACUUAACUGUGCCCCAGCGGAGGCCUGGUUCCCCUCCACUGCUCAUCCCCGCUCGCCUUUCAGACCCUGCCUGGUUUCUCCUCCCCGCGGCAGAGGUGAGGGGCAGUAACGCAGCUGCCGCAGGAGCCGUCGGCGUGGACCAGCCCAGGCUGGCUGGGACCCCCGGAGGUGAUCUGGUCCAAGCAGGGGGGGCUAGAGCCGCCCGCCCGGGACCACGGCCCCAUGGCUUUUGGAUAUCUCCAAGGAUGGAGACUCCACAGCCCCUCUGGGCAACACAGAAGCCCAUUCGGUUCUGAUCCCUCUUGUGGUGGAAAAACCACAGGACAGUGGAAUUUGGGGAUUUGCCUGCCCUCACUCCUGUGCAGUGUUUUCUCACAUCAGGUACGUAGAUGGUGGCAGAGGUAGUGCUGACUUGACACGAGGGGAUUUUUCCCCCUAAACGAGAGGCUGCAGUAUUGCUGCUGCUCGUGCUGCCCAACAGCGUUUUAUUCCCAAACUGGAAUUGUUCCCUGCCCUCUGGCAAGAUAGCAAAAGGAUGAUACCUGGGAAAGCUGGUUCUGCUUUAAAUCACCAUUCAGUUGCUCUGCCUUCCACAGUUACUCUCCUGAAAUUGUUACUGUCCCGUCUCCAUUUUGCUAGGUUUAGCAUUUUGUUCAGCCUUAAAGGUCUCUAGUAGCUUUUUUGCUUUCAGCCUUGCCCACUGCGUUCAAAGUAUCGUAAGGGUGGUGGGGCUCUGCUGUUUGUGCCAGUGAAGAGCAGCUCUUGCUCCAGUGUUUAGGGUAGCAGACAAGGCAUUGACUCCUGUUGGGUUUCCUUUCCUUGCCCCCAGGAUGCAAUUGCCGCCUGGCUGUCUCCCUUGCACUAGUAUGGACUAGAAUUUCAUGGAAUCACAGACUGGUUUGGGUUGGAUGGGACCCUAGAGACCAUCCAGUCCCAACCCCCCUUCCCCGGGCAGGGCCCCCUUCCCCCAGCCCAGGGUGCUCCC